GCGCGGGCGCGGCAACGGGGGCGAGUAGAAGUUUCGGCGCUGUCAUCGGGUGAUCACACGAGGGGGACGUAAGCGAAGACCAGAAGAACAGCAAGACCGGCGCCAUGAGGGAAAUUGUGCACCUGCAGGCGGGACAGUGCGGCAACCAGAUCGGGGCCAAGUUCUGGGAAGUGAUUAGUGACGAGCAUGGAAUCGAUCCCACUGGGGCUUACCAUGGAGACAGCGACUUGCAGUUGGAGAGAAUUAACGUAUACUAUAAUGAAGCCUCAGGUGGGAAAUAUGUUCCCAGGGCCAUCCUCGUAGACUUGGAACCAGGCACCAUGGACUCUGUACGUUCCGGACCCUUUGGACAGAUCUUCAGGCCAGACAACUUUGUAUUUGGUCAAAGUGGUGCUGGCAACAACUGGGCCAAAGGUCACUACACCGAAGGAGCAGAGUUGGUGGACUCUGUGAUGGAUGUGGUGAGGAAGGAGUCUGAGAGCUGUGACUGUCUGCAAGGGUUCCAGCUUACUCAUUCCCUAGGUGGUGGUACUGGCUCUGGCAUGGGCACUCUCCUCAUCAGCAAGAUCAGAGAAGAGUACCCCGAUCGCAUCAUGAAUACCUUCAGUGUGGUCCCCUCCCCCAAAGUUUCAGACACUGUGGUAGAACCAUACAAUGCCACACUCUCUGUACACCAACUGGUAGAAAACACAGAUGAGACCUACUGCAUAGACAAUGAAGCUCUGUAUGAUAUCUGCUUCCGCACACUCAAGUUGACCACUCCAACAUAUGGUGAUCUUAACCACUUGGUCAGUGCAACCAUGAGUGGAGUCACAACCUGUCUGCGCUUUCCAGGUCAGCUCAAUGCUGAUCUCCGAAAACUGGCAGUCAACAUGGUCCCCUUCCCACGCCUUCACUUCUUCAUGCCAGGCUUCGCUCCCUUGACCAGCCGCGGAAGCCAGCAGUAUCGUUCUCUAACUGUUCCCGAGCUCACGCAGCAGAUGUUCGACUCCAAAAACAUGAUGGCUGCCUGUGAUCCAAGACAUGGACGUUACUUGACGGUGGCGGCCAUCUUUAGGGGUCGUAUGUCUAUGAAGGAAGUCGACGAGCAGAUGCUGAAUAUCCAGAACAAGAACAGCAGCUACUUUGUGGAAUGGAUCCCAAACAACGUCAAGACCGCCGUGUGUGACAUCCCACCACGGGGUCUGAAGAUGGCAGCAACAUUCAUUGGCAACAGCACUGCCAUCCAAGAGCUGUUCAAGCGCAUCUCUGAGCAGUUCACAGCCAUGUUCCGCCGCAAGGCUUUCCUUCACUGGUACACAGGAGAAGGCAUGGACGAGAUGGAGUUCACAGAAGCAGAGAGCAACAUGAACGACUUGGUGUCAGAAUACCAACAGUACCAGGAUGCCACAGCAGAAGAGGGAGAGUUUGAAGAAGAGGGCGAGGAGGAGGAAGUUGCCUAAGUCCACUCACCCUAACCCGCACAAAUUCAGAUCCCUUCCAUCCAAAAUCCAGUCAUCCAAUAGCAGGCACCCUUCCCUCUGAGAAACAGCAGAGCCUCUGAAUUAGGUGAAGGUUGGCUUGCAUCAAACAAGCACCACUGUACCCUUUUGUGUAAUGGCAGUUCUAAUCUUACAAUAAAUGCAUUUAUCUGAAAUGGUUGGAAUACACUAGUAGCUCAUUUUAGUUCAUGCAAAGUUUUUCUUGGUGUUUUUUGUAUUUGUAGCCAAACUGAUGUAAAAGAGAACAGGCCUAUUUGUGACUCCAGUUUUGUGAUAUAGCAUGUAAGUCUGGCAAAGGAUCUCUGCCUGCAUGAUCCGGCGAGACCUGCUUAUACUACUGUGGAGGAUUCGUGGAAAUAGAUGUUGGUUUAAGAAAGUAACUCGUAACUGUGCUAGGAUCACAAAUUCACUGCGCCCCCCCCCCCCCCAAAAUCCAUUCCUAUAUAAUUCCCCUUCCUACACAUGCAUUGUGCCCAUUGUAAUGUUUGGAUCGCAGGGAUAUGUAGUCUGCAAGUGCUGGUGCAUUGGAAUAUACUGUUGUCAGUUCCUGGCUAUUGGAUACAAUAUCUGCUCAUGGCUGUGUUCACUGGAACAGGCAGAUUAGUAAGUGUCUUUGUAUAUUGUUUCCUACUAACUGCACUACUGUGGUAGCUAGCCAGUAGAAUAUUGCUCUGUUAAAUUAGUUGACUUGACUUUAGACUUGUACCUGUUCUGAGGCUCUGCUGACAAUUCUUCUCACUGCCAUGCACGGCAACAUGCCCACCCUCUGUGCUGCAGCUGGUUCUAUUGGUCAGCCGGUAGAUUCAGCACUGGCGGGGAUAACAGACAGCACUUGCCACAUCCACCCCCACGGUUUUAAUACAAACUGUUGUACAUCACACCCUAGCUCCAGUGCAUGAGCCCCUACCAUCUUAGAACUGUACCCCUCUGACUCUUCCCACCCAUCCUCACAGAUCUGGUAUCUCCCCCCUGUGCAGUCAGUGCUCGCUGGGAAAGAAAGUUAGACUGCCCUAUGGUGGCAAACGCCCUCUGCUGUUAAAAGGAUCCAAGAGACUCCUCAAUCAUGUGUCCAGAUCCCUUCCCUCCCCACCUCACAAUGUUUCUUGCCACAUUUCUUUGUCUGUAUGGUUUAAGUGAGUACAUACAUGUGAAUUGUGAAUCUGUUACCUGAAUCGAUGGACCUGCUGCACAGGAUGAAGGCACUUACCCUAAGCAAUGCUGUCAUGUCUGCACUCUAAACUACUGAAUAAAGGGCCUGUGCGCAAAUCA